CCAAUCAGGUUAAAUAUGCAGGCAAUACUGAGUUACCGAACUGCAGACACAAAUAGGAUAGGGCAGUUUUUAAAAACCUGAUUGUGUAGCCCACUUCAAAUGCUUCUGCUGAUAAUACAGAAUAUUACAUAUUUGAAAUGAAAGGCACCAAGACCCAUAGACAUAUAACCCCUCAAACAUUUGAAUAGUGCUGUCAGUGCUAUGCCAUUGACAUUGCUUCUCCUCGUUUGAAACAGGUUAAACACACAGGCAGGAAAGUUUUCAUUCCAUGAUACCACGUUCUGGACACAUCCAUGCGAAAGAAUGUCCCUGAUGAGCCCAUGUUCUGGAGUUUUUGUUGUUGUAAUUUGCGGCGUUUUAUACCAUUGGGACUUAAAUGAUAUUUUACAUUUAGACUCCACGUAGAAGCUAUACAGCAGGCUAAAAUCUAGGCCACUUCGUUUUUGAUGUAUUUCAACUGGAGUUCUCAUUUUUUCUUUUUCCGGCUGAAGAGGGUGUGGUUUUUCAGAAAGUAAUUUCGUCAGUAUUUUGUACCUCGGUAUUCUUCUCUCGAAACCAACAGGUUAUAGGCUACUACUGUGUUAACCUAUUGAAACAAUUUCACCAGCAUGUGAAACAGAGAGCAAUCUAAACUUGACUAGAAACAGUUACAUGGUGACUCUUCUGAAAGGCAUGACGGACAUUUCGCAGUCAAUCAGACGUCCAACCCAAAGUUUCCCGUAGCCAAGAUAAAUACCAUAUUUCUUCUCUGUCCUCUGCUGCUAACCACCGCCUACUUACUUGCCAUUGGACAACUCCUGUUCAUAUUUUACACACAUCUGUUGCAUUCCAGUAUAUGAGUGGAUGACACCGGUCGGGGAGGCGUGACGACCGAUGACUGUCGGAGGGCACAGGGACCGAGACAGUCGCACGAUCAUCACAUCUUGAAGGUGAAAGAACCUGCCGACUGUCCUGAGUCUCCAGGAGCCGUCUGGUGUAGUCUAAUAAAGUAGGUCUACAGCAGCAGCAGCAGCUUUGAAGAGGAAGAACCACAUGCAUUGUUGCCAGUCUCCUGAAGCUGUCCAGUCAGCAACAACAACAGUCCCCCCCCCGUCAAACUCUCCCUCAUGGCAACGAUCGCUAUGGAGCGGAUUGGGCGUCUGUUCAUCAACCUCCAGCAGGUAAGGGCGUUGCCCCAGAUGCUGACAGAGGCCGCCCCCUCCAUGCCAGGCACGCUACGGGACACCGAAGUUCCCGGAUUCUUCAGAGAGCGCUACAUCCACGCUGGCUACCGACCGCUCCACCAGGGCUGGAGGUACUACUUCCUGUCGCUGUUCCAGCGUCACAACGAGACCAUCAACGUGUGGACCCACCUGCUAGGGUCUCUCCUGGUCCUGGUCAAGUUCCUACAGCUAGCUGAGACGGUGGACUUCAUUGAUGACGCCCACGCCUGGCCCCUCCUCAUUCUCCUGCUGUCCUCCCUGGCCUACAUGGCCUGCAGCACUGUAGCCCACCUCCUGGCUGCCAAAUCAGAGUUCUACCACUACUGCUUCUUCUUCCUGGAUUAUGUAGGAGUGGCUCAGUAUCAGUACGGCAGCGCCGUGGCUCACUUCUACUAUGCUGUGGAACCAAACUACCACCAGUGGGUCUCUCCAGUCUUCAUGCCCACUGCCACCUUCCUUUGCUGCCUGUCCUGCCUGGGCUGCUGCUAUGGGAAGUAUCGCAACUACAGCCUGCGUGUCUGGGUCCGGAAGGUGGGCCAGGUGAUUCCCUCGGCUAUGGCCUAUGCCUGGGAUACUAGUCCGGUGUUCCACCGCCUCCUCCAGUCCCUCUGGACCACGUCGCACAGUGAUGACAUUGCUGCCCCCGCCAGUGGCAUAGUCGUUGACCCGGCUAUAUCCUUCCAUGGGAGCCAGGUAGCCUUCUUCCUGUCCAGUGCGUUCUUCUUCACCAACCCCCUCCCAGAGCGUCUGUUCCCAGGCCACUGUGACUUCCUGGGGCAGGGCCACCAGCUGUUCCACGUCUUCCUGGUUAUCUGUACUCUCUGUCAGAUCCAGGCCUCUCACCUGGACUACUUGGGCCGACGGCCACUCUACACACAGCUACACAGAGAGGGAGCAUCCACUGUCUAUCUGGUGCAGUAUGGAGCCACGCUGGUGGCCUGUGUCUGCAUUGCAGUCUUCAUUGCAAGGAAAGCAAAACGGUUGCUUAACUGCAGAGACAAGUCCAAAUGAACUGGGUAGGUCACUGUGUAGGAGACAUACAAUCACUUCCCUGUGGGCAAAACUGGUUGAAAUGAGUUGACGUUAUUACAGCCAAAAACUUAUGCCCAGUUUUGCCCGCUGGGUUGGUACCAAAGUGAUCAAUGUGGCCUUGUUCGACUCGACACGAACUGCCUUCCUUAGCCUGCUCGAGUUUGCUUCUAUAAUAUAAUGUUUCUCUACAGCACCGGUGUCCUUGACGAUGACAGAAGUAUUGUCUAAUCAUGUCUCAAUGAUUUUGUUACAUUUGUGCUAGUUUUGUUCCAUUAUGUUUUUUUUUACAACAACGUAUGUCUAACUACUGCCAAGAAACAUUGUGAUAUGAGUCCUUGUCAGCACUCAAACAAUGAAAUGAAUUGAUCUUAAAGGGAUAGUUUAUUCACUUUCAAAGUAGGAUUAUGUUGGAAAAGGAAGCAUACUGUGUAGUGGGUGUGGUUCUGAAUAUCAACAAUACUGCUAACUAUGCUUUUUAUAGGAGUUUCACAUUUUAAUGCCAGGCCGAUCAAUCUAUCCACGUCUAGAGCACUUUUAUAGGCAGACAAAUUGACUUACCCACAUUGCACUUUUUCACUGAUGAGAGUAUAAACUGAGUAUUUCUCAUGUGGGGUCACAAAUUAAGGCUGUACUGGACCAAUUGCUGAGAAAGUGUAUUAAUGAAUCCGUCAAUGUAAACCUUCUGUAAGAUUAGACAUGCAUGUACAGUGGCAAGAAAAGUAGGUGAACCCUUUGGAAUUACCUGGAUUUCAAUUUGAUCUUCUAAGUCACAACAAUAGACAAACACAGUCUGGGUAAACUAACACACAAAUGAUUGUAUUUUUCUUGUCUAUAUUGAACACAUAAUUUAAACAUUGAGUGUAGGUUGGAAAAAGUAUGUUAAUCCCUAGGCUAAUGACUUCUCCAAAAGCUAAUUGGAGUCAGGAGUCAGCUAACCUGGAGUCCAAUCAAUGAGAUGAGAUUGGAGAUGUUGGUUAGAGCUGCCUAGCCCUAUUAAUUUUUUUUUUAAACUCACAAUUUGAGUUUGCUGUUCAUAAGAACCAUUGCCUUAUGUGAACCAUGCCUUGUUACCAAUGUAUCUUUAAAAGCCUUGAUGUUCAUCAGUCCACAGUAAGACAAAUUGUCUAUAAAUGGAGAAGGUUCAACACUGUUGCUACUCUCCCUAGGAGUGGACGUUAAGAAUCCUAGAGUGUAAGCUGAAGAAUUACAGAAAUCUCUGGAACACUCUAACAUCUCUGUUAGCGAGUCUAUGAUACAUAAAACACUAAACAAGAAUGGUGUUCAUGGGAGGACACCAUGGAAGAAGCCACUGCUGUCCAAAAAUAACAUUUGCAAACUGGAUUUUCCACAACGCUACUGGCAAAAUAUUCUGUGGACAGAAAGUUGAGUUGUUUGCAAGGAACACACGACACUAUGUGUGGAGAAAAAAAGGGCACAGCUCACCAACAUCAACCUCGUCCCAACUGUAAUGUAUGGUGGAGGGAGCAUCAUGGUUUGGGGCUGCUUUGCUGCCUCAGGACCUGGGCAGCUUGCUAUCAUUUACGGGAAAACGAUUUUGUUUUUGCAGGAGAAUGUAAGGCUAUCUGCCAAUUGAAGCUCAACAGAAGUUGGGUGAUGCAACAGGACAACGAAGAAAAUACGCCUUCUGGAGUGGCCUAGUCAGAGUCCUGACCUCAACCCAAUUGAGAUGCUGAGGCAUGACCUCAGGAGAGCGGUUCACACCAGACAUCCCAAGAAUAUUGCUGAACUGAAACAGUUUUGUAAAGAGGAAUGGUCCAAAAUUCCUCCUGACCAUUGUGCAGGUCUGAUCCGCCACUACAGAAAACGUUCAGUUGAGGUUAUUUCUGCCAAAGGAUGGUCAACCAGUUAAUAAAUCCAAGGGAUCACAUACUUUUUUCCACCCUGCAUUGUGAAUGUUUACACGGUGUGUUCAAUAAAGACAUGAAAACGUAUAAUUGUUUGUGUGUUAUUAGUUUAAACAGACGGUCUAUUGUUGUGACUUAGAUGAAGAUCAGAUAAAACUUGACAGAUUUUAUGCAGAAAUCCAGGUAAUUCCGAAGGGUUCACAUACUUUUCUUGCCACUAUACACACAGUAUAUUUUUAUAGUAAACACCUUGUGUAGUCACUGUAUUAUGUCAACAUGCUCUUGUUGUGCCUUGAGAGUAUUUAUCUUUUACAUAACGGGAGAUGACGAAUCCUAUCACUAGCCUGGUCCCAGAUCUGUUUGUGCUGUCUUGCCAACUCUUAUUGUCAUAGCGCAAACCAAUCUGGAUCCGGGCUAGAUCUAUCACUGAACAAAGCGAAUUAGAAUGUAAACUUUUAUAGUCUUUUCUAUAAUGGGGGGGAGGGUGAAUCUCACGGCUUUUUUUUCUUUGUGUAUUUGUCACUUUGCUGUAACAGUUGUUUUUACUUGCUCACUUUAGUCCUAGAAUAUAUUUGCUUAGUUAGUUAUUCUCUGGUCUGGAAAGGUCCUGACCUUGUGUUGACUGAGUUUUGAAAGCUACUGUGUCAUAUUGAACAUUUUCAAUUGACAUGGUGUCAAAUGAUGUAUGUAACGGUCGUGAUCGUACAGUAAUAGAUGACUAGUUUAUAAUCUGUAAAUUGUUGGUGCGUUUUCCCUGGCUUCCCACUGCCGGGACUGGUAAGCUCUCUCUAUCUAUCUAUCUAUCUAUCUAUCUAUCUAUAUCUAUAUCUAUAUCUAUAUAUAUAUAUAUAUAUAGUGCUGUGAUGCAAUGCAAUCCGGCUUUGUUAAUGUUUACCCUUUGUCCAUUACUCUCUGAUUUCCAAUUGUUUAGAACGCGGCAGAAGUCAUGCUGGAUUGACAGCAUGGUCAAUGUAUUCAACCUAUUCUAGCCCAUGGUGUUGAAUGUUUAUCUUGGAAAAGAGACCUUUAAACCCUGACUUGGACCACACACCCACUCCACUGAAUAGCAGGAUAGUGAUUGCUUUGCAACACUUGCAGUUAGCCACUGCUUCCUUCCAAAACACAACUUGUGUUAUGUUUAUGGCCGAUGAGCACCGAUACGUUGUAUCUAUAAUUUAUCUUCAUAGGAUUGAAAAGGAUUUGCAAGUAGAUUGUUGACGUGAUUCAUUAUGAAGACUGCUUGCUAGCUAAGAUUCAGAAAGUAUGACGUUGACAUGAUCAGUCCAAUCAAAGAUAAAAUGAAUGACCAUGA